CCCCGGGAGGCGGGGCGGGUGGCGGCCGCGCGGGGCCCGGCCGCGGUGGGACCGGAGGCGGCGGCGCAGACAAAGGCGCGGGCGGGCGACGGCGGAGCGCGCGGGGCUCCGGCUGCGCGGAGUCAGCGACGCCGACGGGGUCUAACCAGCCACUCUGGCCACCCGGCUGCCCAGCAGGUCCCCCCACCCAGCCUGACCAAUGUCCACAACCAGGGAGCAACCCAUUUUCAGCACGCGGGCGCACGUGUUCCACAUAGACCCGGCCACCAAGCGGAACUGGAUCCCAGCUGGCAAGCACGCGCUUACUGUCUCCUAUUUCUACGAUGCCACCCGCAAUGUCUACCGCAUCAUCAGUAUUGGGGGCGCCAAGGCCAUCAUUAACAGUACCAUCACCCCCAACAUGACCUUCACCAAAACCUCCCAGAAGUUCGGACAGUGGGCAGACAGUCGGGCCAACACCGUUUAUGGCUUGGGUUUUGCGUCUGAACAGCAUCUGACCCAGUUUGCAGACAAGUUCCAGGAGGUGAAGGAGGCUGCACGGCUGGCUCGGGACAAGUCUCAGGAUGGGGGGGAGCUGACCAGUUCCGCCCUGGGGCUCACCUCCCACCAGGUGCCCCCCAACCCCCUCAUCAGUGCCAAUGGCCCCGGGGAGGAGAAGCUGUUCCGCAGCCAGAGUGCCGAGGCCCCAGGCCCCGCGGAGCGGGAGCGACUGAAGAAGAUGCUGUCUGAGGGCUCCGUGGGUGAGGUGCAGUGGGAGGCCGAAUUCUUCGCGCUGCAGGACAGCAACAAUAAGUUGGUGGGUGCUCUGCGGGAGGCCAAUGCCGCCGCAGCCCAGUGGAGGCAGCAGCUGGAGGCCCAGCAAGCCGAGGCUGAACGGCUGCGGCAGCGGGUCACGGAGCUGGAGGCCCAGGCAGCUGCAGAGCUGCCCCCGGUCAGCAAGAAGGAGGCACCGGGCCAAGCGCUGGAGCAGCUGGAGGCGCUGGUGCAAACCAAGGACCAGGAGAUCCAGACACUGAAAAACCAGGCUGCGGGGCCUCCGGAGGCUGUGGCGGAGCGCGAAGAGACUCAGCAGAAGGUGCAGGACCUGGAGACUCGCAAUGUGGAGCUGGAGCACCAGCUGCGGGCCACGGAGCGCAGCCUGGAGGAGGCGAGGGCCGAGCGCGAGCGGGCGCGGGUGGAGGUAGGCCGCGCGGCUCAGCUGCUGGACGUUCGGCUCUUUGAGUUGAGUGAGCUCCGGGAGGGCCUGGCUCGCCUGGCAGAGCCGGCGCCCUGAGCCCCUGGACAGCUGUGGUCCGGUACCGCCCUGAAGCACGGGGCGACCCUGAGAGCUCACUACAAGGCUCCGAGACUAGAUGUUUAUUGAGUGUCCUGUUUUCAGUGCCCCGCAGGCCCUGUGUGGUCCUCUGCGGGUGACCCUGCUGGGGCGGGGUGUGCAAGGAGAUGCUGUAGGAUGCUGCCAGGCCAUG